GGAAGACGGGGGGGCGACGUGCUCGCUGCUCCACCACAGAAGAAGAAUGAGCCACGGAAGCUCGCCUCCGCGCGCAGUCUUUCAGUUCAAGAUGGCGGACGUAGACGGAGCGUCAGUGAAGAAGAAAAGGGUGAAGAAAGUCACCGAAGAAGUUGGGGAAAUUCAACAGAGUGGAGAGUUUUUCAUUCAACCAGAAUCUAAGGUGGCUUCUCUGGACACGUCACAGUGGCCUCUGCUGUUAAAGAACUUUGAUAAAUUAAAUAUUCGCACAGCUCAUUACACUCCUCUACCGAGUGGCAGCAACCCUCUGAAAAGAAACAUCCAGGAUUAUGUCAGGUCUGGCUUCAUUAACCUGGACAAACCAGCUAACCCGUCGUCCCAUGAAGUGGUGGCGUGGAUCCGGAGAAUCCUGCGGGUGGAGAAAACUGGCCACAGUGGGACUCUUGAUCCAAAGGUCACCGGGUGUCUAAUUGUGUGUGUGGACCGAGCCACACGAUUGGUCAAAUCGCAGCAGAGCGCUGGUAAAGAGUAUGUGGGGAUCGUUCGGCUGCAUGAUGCUAUAGAAAGCAAACACACUUUGGCUCGGGCACUGGAGACUUUGACUGGCGCUCUGUUCCAGCGCCCUCCACUUAUCGCUGCUGUGAAACGUCAGCUGAGAGUCCGAACUAUUUACGAAAGCAAGCUGAUUGAGUAUGACGCAGAGAGGAGGCUGGGGAUCUUCUGGGUAAGCUGUGAAGCUGGAACUUAUAUCCGGACUCUGUGUGUCCACCUGGGUCUGUUGCUUGGGGUGGGCGGGCAGAUGCAAGAACUAAGGAGGGUUCGGUCAGGUGUCCUUGGAGAGAAGGAUAACAUGGCGACGAUGCAUGACGUCCUGGACGCUCAAUGGCAGUUUGAUCACAACAAGGACGAGUCGUACCUGAGGAGAGUAAUCUUCCCUCUGGAGAAGCUGCUGGUUUCCUACAAACGCCUGGUGAUGAAGGACAGCGCCGUCAACGCCAUCUGUUAUGGAGCCAAGAUCAUGUUGCCAGGUGUUCUCAGGUAUGAGGAUGGCAUUGAGGUAAACCAGGACAUCGUGGUCAUAACAACGAAGGGGGAAGCAAUCUGUACAGCUGUUGCACUUAUGACGACAGCAGUUAUCUCCACCUGUGAUCAUGGUGUGGUGGCCAAGAUAAAGCGUGUGAUCAUGGAGAGAGACACAUACCCUCGAAAGUGGGGUCUGGGCCCCAAGGCGAGUCAGAAGAAGGAGCUCAUCAAGAAAGGCCUCCUCGACAAACAUGGGAAACCCAACAAGAGCACGCCGCAAGACUGGAAGAACGAGUAUGUGGACUACAGUGUCUCCAAAGUCACAGAUGUGUCACAAGACUCUUCAGCAAAGAGGAAGAGGGAGGCAACUGACAGCGAAGGCGAAGCCGCGACAACACCGUCCCCACCAUUGACAGAAGGUACGAAAAAAAAGAAAAAGAAGGUCAAACUGGAGGAGCAGCAGCAGCAGCAGGAGGAAGAGAUGGAGCCCAACACUGUUUUAACAUGUGACUUACAGGGAGAAGCCAAGAAGAAGAAAAAGAAGAAGAAGCAGAAAGAUGACUCAUCAGAGUGAUAACGGAGCAUUGGGUGAAGAAUCUCAGCUGUCUGAAAACCUGGGCAUGAAGCAUUCUGGGAGAUUAAAAAUGGACUGCAUGGUGCAGGGGCCUUUUUUUUUUAUAUAUAGAUCUUUUUAUUUCACAUGUAAAUACACAAACAAUUCAAAAUAAAGUGUUUUCUGUA